AGGCUCCCGUCGGGAUCGUCCUCCCGGCCUCCCAUGGUGCAGUCGCUCGCUUCUCAAGGGGCUCCGCGCCGUCUGAGCGCCCCGCUGCUUCCCGCGCUCCCUACGCAGAGUAGUAGCUGCUGCUGCCUCUGGCGAGCAUGGCUUUGUCUCCGGAGAAAGCCUCGGAACUGAAGCAUAUCAUUCGCCAGCAGUUAAGCAAGAUGGAUGUCCACAGUAGGAUCCGAGAAGUUCUUUCUGAGACUAUACGUGAAGAACUGGAACCUCAACAUAAGCAAUUAUCUGAAGAAGAUCUAAUGAAAGCCCUGAUGCGUCGAGGAAUCAUUGAUGAUGUUAUUAAGGAACUUAACUUUGUACCUGAUAUGAAUGACAGAGAAAUGACUUCAACUCCAAAGCCCUCAUCACAUUUUGUUGACAGACAUCCGGCAGUGUUGAAAAAAACAAAUAUAAAUCCAACACGAAGGUAUCUUUACCUUCAGGUUUUGGGUGGAAAAGCUUUUCUGGAACAUCUGCAGGAACCAGAGGCUUUACCUGGUCAAAUUUGUUCUACCUUUACACUCUGCUUAUAUUUUCGAAACCAACGUUUCCGCUCUAAACCUGUUCCCUGUGCUUGUGAACCAGAUUUCAGUGAUGGCUUUCUACUUGAAGUAUAUAAAGAUACUUUAGGUGACGGAAGUAAAAUGGUGGAUGCAACUACUAUGUUAUCAAUAUGUGAUCCUGUACAUAUUGUGUUGAUCAAAACAGAUACAUCUGGUGAGAUCACAUUAGUAGCAUCCUAUUUUUUAGAGUGGCGGUCUGUCCUUAGUGCAGAGAACAGGAUAACAAAUGUUGCUGUUGAACUUCUGGGUGUAGGUACUGAAUCAAAGGUUUCUGUUGGAGUACUUAACAUCAAACUUGAAAUGUACCCAAAACUAAAUAAGCCACUUUCUCAGGAUAUAGUUAAUACACAAUUUACUUUAGAACACCAGAAAACAGCAGAAAAAGAACGUUUAUUUCUUGUGUAUGCUAAGCAGUGGUGGAGAGAAUAUCUGCAAAUCCGGACUUCUCACAACACAAGACUGGUGAAAAUUUUUGCACAGGAUGAAAAUGGAAUAAACAGACCAGUUUGCUCAUAUGUAAGGCCACUUCGUGCAGGCCGGCUUCUGGACACACCCAGGCAAGCUGCAAGAUUUGUCAGUGUGCUUGGUUAUGAAAGAGCCCCUGUCAUUGGUGGAGGAAACAGUAAACAAGAACAGUGGUGUACCCUUUUAGCAUUUCUGUGUCGAAACAAGGGUGACUGUGAAGAUCAUGCUAAUCUUUUGUGCAGUCUUCUACUGGGAUUUGGGCUGGACGCUUUUGUGUGUGUAGGAACAAAAGCUAAAGGUGUUCCUCACACAUGGGUAAUGACUUGUGGAAUUGAUGGAAUAAUCACUUUCUGGGAGAGUUUAACAGGGCAUAGGUAUAUCCAUAAUCCUGUUAAACUUGAUGACCCUCCAGUUGUUGAACAGCCCAAGCCAUUGUAUCCUUACCGAACAAUUGGAUGUGUCUUCAAUCAUCAAAAGUUUUUUGCAAACUGCCAGCCUUCUGAUGCAGUAGAAGUCUGUGUCUUUGACUUGCAUGAUGAAUCCAGAUGGAAACCGAUGAGUGGAGAAGCAAUCAAAUCUGUGUGUUCUCCAGGGGCCACAACAGUGCUCCCACCUUUUCCUCCUCUCUGUGCUUCCACAAUAGAUGCUGCAGCAGCAAGCAAUGACUUAGAGCUGCAGCUUAGAAUAUUAGUGAUGGAACACAGGAAGGACCUUGGUCUUGCAACAGUCUGGGACGACCAAUUAUCUUACCUCUUGUCACCAGCCUUGGCAGCUUAUGAACUUGAACGUACCACAAACAUUUCUUCAGGAAAUGAAGAGUUUCAAGAUGCCAUCAGGAGAGCAGUACCAGAUGGCCAUACAUUCAAAGGAUUUCCUAUCCAUUUUGUGUACAAAAAUGCAAGGAGAGCAUUUGCUGCGUGUCUUCGGUCUCCUUUCUGUGAAGAAAUAGUGUGCUGUAGAGGGGACCAAGUGCGGUUUGCAGUUCGUGUCAGAGUAUUCACAUAUCCUGAAUCAGCAUGUGCUGUUUGGAUUAUGAUUGCUUGCAAAUACCGUUGUGUACUAUAAUGAAUCAUUUGCACUUUUAUCUAAAACCUGGUGUGCUUGCGCAACAGUCCUACUGAGGACAGAACAGAUACAUAUAACUGAUUAAAGGCUUGGUCCUGAAUAUAUUUACUUAGAAGGAAAUGCAAUUGAUUUUAGUGAAACAGAUUUCAAAUCUGUUUUGGAUGACUGGCUUAUAAACUGUAGUGUUGUUUGAGUGGACAGUACUAAAACAAUACUCUAGUAUAUAAUGGUAACCUUUGUUAAAGGCUACCUCCUGCAAUAAUGUUCAGGUUUUGGUUAUGUGAUUAGCCAUAAAGUAUCAUGACCAAAUAUAUUUUUAUAAAGUGAAAAUAAUUUAUUACAAGUAAAAUCUAUUUUUGUUGUGAUAAAAGAUACAUUCAUUAAAAUAAAAUGCUUCCAGAAUUCCUGUCCAAUCCUCUGUAUUUCAUAUAUUCAGGCUUUUAAAGUAAAGUUGAAAAAAGUACGCCAUAUUUUUUUAAAAUGUUUUAGUUGGAAAAAGCUAUAAAAUAUAAAUAACAGUACCCUCCUAUGGCCACUAGACAGCACUGAGGUAGUCUUAGGAUUUUUUGGAUUCCCUAUUUUUUGGUUGAAAAAUUGUUCAGACCCUCCCACGUCACUCAGUCAAUAUAAAAAUAAUUGUGUCAGCUGUUUCUCUGAGGUUAUGAGAGCAGCCAAAAAGAGAAGAGAGAGGUGUGUGGGGAGGAGAAGACUGACACGACCAAGAUAUCCUGGUGAUGUCCCAGCCUCCUUUCCUCUUACUCUGAAACACUACCCUGAACAGCUGCAACUACAUUCAAGUGCUUUAAAGAAUGAGAGCCCUCCACAGGAUGCUUAUAAACAGCAGAAGGUUAUGGACAUCCCACAGGAUUGUACUCUUAAGAGAGCUGUUUCUGUUCUGCGGAAUAACCUAGCUCAGUUAGACUAACUGCUAACUGAGGAACUGGAACGGAGACUAUUCUAAAGCAGGCUGUUGCUUGUAUUCAAUAUUACUUUAAAAUUACAACAAAGCUGUGAAACCAAUUAACACCACCGGCUUGAGUCUGCUUCUUGCAAUGGUUUUCUUUUUUCAGUUUUAAAGUCUGGAUGUUAGAGCAACAUGCAUAGUAAACACCCUUUGAGGGUGCAUCUUGAUAGCUUGUUUUGCCCCAUUUCCUUCAUUGCAAAACAAAUUUCCUUUUUGGAAGUAAUAUUCUAUUAUAGGUUGCAAACUCUACUCAAAUAUUGCAUGGCCU